AUGAAAUGUCAAAGAAUAAUGAAUAAUUCAUUAAAAAAUGAUUGUGACAUGUCUUGUUUCGAUGAAGAUGACGAGUGUGAGGAGGAAAUAGAAGAAAAUGAUGGCUGCGAUCAGAUGGAGAUAUCUCAACAUAAAAUUGAUGUUAAAUGUGAGAAAUCUGUGUUUCCUGUUAAUACAGCAACAAUAACAGCUUUCGAUAAUCCUCAGCCUCAAAACAUACAGAAGUAUCAUUGUGCUUUUAGCAAAAGUCCGCCACGUAUGAUGUCAACAAAUGAAUAUAACUAUUUGUAUUACUUGUAUUAUUUUGCUUGUAUAUCGAAAACAAAUAAUGGACCAUCAUCAACUGUACUGCAGCGUUUACAAUCACUGGAACAACCAUUACUAAGUAGAGACACCAAACCUUCUACUGAGCCAACACUCAACAGUCCUCAAUUUAACCCAUUUAAACCACCAUUAGCACAUACAAGACCGAAUUCGUCAUUAUUUGUCGAUAAAUUAAACUAUUAUUAUGGACAAAUAAAAACAUCAAGUUCUUCAACAUCAGCGCUCUCACUAUCUACGUCUCCAAUCGGUAGUGGUUCCUCAUCAUCAACUGUAUCUUCUCCCGGCAGUACAACAACACCGUCGACAAUGACAACAUCUACUUUAUCAACAACAGCACCCAUACAAACAAAUUCUCGUUAUCAAUGUGAUGGUUGUUCUAAAAGUUAUUCGACAUUCGGUGGCCUAUCAAAACAUAAACAAUUUCAUUGUGUGGCUCAAAUAAAAAAACAGUUUCAGUGUAAAUACUGUGAGAAAACGUAUAAUUCAUUGGGUGCACUAAAAAUGCACAUACGAACACAUACAUUGCCAUGCAAAUGUAAAGUAUGUGGUAAAGCAUUUAGUCGACCAUGGUUAUUACAAGGCCACGUACGAACACAUACAGGUGAGAAACCAUUUAAAUGUGAAAUAUGUUGUCGAGCAUUUGCUGAUCGAUCGAAUCUCCGUGCACAUAUGCAAACACAUUCGGAUAUUAAAAAAUAUCGUUGUUCAAGAUGUCAAAAAACAUUUUCAAGAAUGUCAUUAUUAAAUAAACAUACGGAAAAUUGUUUACAACGAAUAACAACGACAGCGAACUCGUAA